AGUAAACACACUCAUUCAUUCACACAAGCUUCUUGAUCAGUGACCAGAAAAUCAUUAAGAGAAUCUUCAGAGCAUCGAGUGUGUUCAAGAGCAAGAGGAAAAUGAAGUCUGCUGCAGUUUUUGUUGUGUUUGCCUGUCUACUUAUUGUUCAUGUACAAGGACAGGCCAGGACCAGUGUAAGGAGGUGUUUGUGUCAGGGUCCUGCAGCUAACGUAGUUCAACCACAACGUAUUGACAAGAUUGAAAUUCAUCCUGCGAGAGCAUCUUGUGAAAAUGUGGAAAUCAUUGUCACUCUGAAGAACGGUGCAGGAAAAAAGUGCUUGAAUCCGGAAUCUGAAUUUACUAAGAAAUACAUCACGGCAGGAUUAGAGAAAAGGAGUGCAGUGUAAAGCGUGCACCGUGUCGUUACUGAACAGAAGAGGAAGACGAGAGACAGCUUGCUUAAAAUAUUUUAAAUGUUGUAAAAAGUGUACAUGUGGUAUGUCUAACUGUUUAAUUUAUGAGCAUCACAUCUGCAUAUGGGUCAAUGUAUAUAGUUUUUGAAUAAACAUGCAAGAUCUUUAAAAAAAUAUAUUGUUUCUGUACCAUGACAUACUAAAUUAUAAUAUAAUCAGCACUUAACGGUGCUUAAAAACUUCCAAAAA